AGCGCCGCCAUUCCCCGGCGCGCGCAGGAGAUGCACCUCUGCAGGAGGUGGUGGCCAAGAGCAUUCUGACAAUGGCACCAGGCACAUGAGCCCUACUGCUCCCCAGAGGUCUCUCCAGUUCCAGAACGUGGACACGGUUUUUUCCCACUGGUACAUGGACCUUGAACUCAGUUUGAAGACUUACAGGAAGUUGCACAAUAGUACAAAGUGCCCUAUGUGCCCUUCACCCAGAUUCUCCAAAGGAUGACAUGUUGGUCCUCCAAAGCAGGACCUUGACAUUGUAAUGGGAUUUCUAGAACUCAAGGUUUUGAUCAUUCAAGGCUGUUGUAUGCAUUGCCAAUCUGCUUUCCACUUGUACCAGAUUCCCUUCCUGUCAUCUCUUCAUCACAUCUCAGCCUUCCCUUCACCAGAUCUCAGCCUGCAUUUGGGGUUCUCAUUUCUUUUUCAGGAGGAAAGACAGGAGUCAGGACCCAGUCGGAUCUGCUGUGGUAACCCAAGCAAGAAACAAUACCAGCCCAGGCAUAGGGGAUCCAUCAUGAGGAGAGGCUCAUCAUGUUUGAAAGUUAUUUUUGGAGGACUUGAGUGCUUGGUUUGCCUGAAGAAUAUCAAGUGUCCACUCAGAAGAGAGAUUAGGACCCGCCAUGAAGGUUGUGCCCAGAGGGAGAGUGUCCCUGCAAGAUUAACCUUAAGAAAGUAGUUCUCAGACUCCAGAAGUGUUUGGGAGCAAUAGAAUUCUCAGAAGACAUUGCCUGGGAAAUGAGAGAGUCAUUGAGGAGGACAUGGUUCCAGCAGCUGCAAGUUUUCAGGCCCUUGUGAGGCCCUGGCUCAGCCCCAGGCACUGCAUUCCUGUCCAGGAGUGGUUCCCCAACACCCUUUCUGGGGAGCUCAGGCCCUAAACAAAGCCCCAGCACCUGGACAACUGCAACAAAGAGAUGACGCUGGUGGAAGAAGUUUCCCAAGCAUUUGAAGAGAAAGCCCUGCCUUCUGAGGACCUCUGCCCUCUUCACAACAGUCUCUUCAGGUAUGAGGAGGAAAUGGACGCAUAUUCUCAGCCCAUCCCAUCCCAGGCACCUCUUAGCUUCGAGGAUGUGGCCGUGACCUUCACACAGGAGGAGUGGAGGCAACUGGACCCAGCCCAGAGAACACUGUACCGUGAUGUGACACUGGAGACCUGUAGGCAUCUGGUCUCCCUGGGCCUUCUGCUUUCCAAACCAGAUGUGAUCUCUCAGCUGGAGCAAGGAGAAGACCUAUGGAGGCCAGAGCAGGCACCUCCCCAAGAUGGGAAGGCUACCCUAGAAAAGAAAGGGUCAGCUUCUGAAAAAGAUAACACUGAAGAAGAGCCAUCCCACUACUUAGAAAUGAAAUGUUGCACUCAAGUGGAGUGCCCCUGGUCCGUGUCCUUAGGAAGAAUGCAGGAUCAGAGGGACUGGCUGGGGGGACAGCAUGAGGACUCUUUGAUUCAGAUGGUACUCACCUCAGAGAGACUCGUUGCUCAAGGGGAACAUUGUGAGCAUGAACCUGAGAGAAGUUAUCCUCGGAGUUUAAGCCUUCUACCUCCAGCAUUACCUACAAAUACACAUUUCAAUAAGCUCAACUCACAGGUUAAAAAGUUUAAACAAAAUUUGGCUUUCAUUAAUCAUGAAAAAGGCUGGGCAGGCCUGAAGACCUAUGAAAACCAUCACCAUGCUAGAGUCUUCUGUCAGAGCAUUUACUUGAGUAAACUUGGAAAUGUUGAAACAGGAAAUAAAAAACCUUAUGAUGACUAUAUUGUCAGUGGUGACUCUCUCAACUAUGGUACUUCCCAUCAUUUUCAUGACAGAAUUUUUUCAGCAGACAAUAACAUUGAGUGUAAAGGGUAUGGAAACCUCUUUAGUCAUAGCGUGUCCCUGAAUGAACACAAGCUGAUAUAUUUUGGAGGAAGUCAGUAUGAGUGUGAUGAAUGUAGAGAAGCCUGUUCCAAGAGUUUGUGCCUUGUACAAAGGGAAAGACGUGACCCUGGAGAGACCCCAUUCAGAUGUGAGGAGGGCUGUGAUGUCUUCCAGAUGGCCUCAUCUUUUACCAACUGUGAUAUCAUUCAGACUGGAAAGAAGCCAUAUGCAUGUCGUCAGUGUGGGAAAUCUUUCAGCUGUUGCUCUAAGCUUGUCAUACACCAGAGAACACACACAGGAGAAAAGCCCUAUGAAUGUUCUUGGUGUGGGAAAUCUUUCAGUCAGAGCUAUGAUCUUGUCAUACAUCAGAGGACACAUACUGGAGAGAAGCCCUAUGAAUGCAACCAGUGUGGGAAAUCCUUCACUCAGAGUUCCAAACUUAUUAGGCAUCAACGAACUCACACAGGAGAAAAACCAUUUAAAUGUCAUGAAUGUGGAAGAUCCUUCAGGUGGAACUCUAACCUUAUUGUACAUCAGAGAAUUCAUAGUGGAGAGAAACCUUAUGAGUGUGUUCACUGUGGAAAGUCCUUCAGCCAAAGCUCUGACUUUGUUGCACAUAAAAGGACUCACACUGGAGAGAAGCCCUAUGAAUGUAAUCAGUGUGGAAAAUCCUUCAUUCGAAGUACUCAGCUCAUCAGGCAUCUGCGAACUCACACUGGAGAGAAGCCGUACAAAUGCAGUCAGUGCAGUAAAGCCUUCACUGGGAGCUCUCAUCUUGUAGAGCAUCAGAGAACUCAUACUGGAGAAAAACCUUUUGAAUGUAACCAGUGUGGAAAAGCCUUCACUGGGAGCUCUCACCUCCUUUCACAUCAGAGAAUUCAUUCUGGAGAGAAACCAUAUGAAUGUAAUGAUUGCAGAAAAUCCUUUCGGCAACGAUCUCAACUUGUUGUGCAUCAGCGGACACAUACUGGAGAGAAACCUUAUGAAUGCAGUCAUUGUGGAAAAGCUUUCAGCCAGAGGUCACCCCUCAUUGUGCAUCAGAGGACACACAUUGGAGAGAAGCCCUAUCAGUGUAAUGUGUGUGUUAAAGCCUUCAGUCAGCGGUCACGACUCAUUGAACAUCAGAGAACGCAUACUGGAGAAAAGCCCUAUGAAUGUAUUGAUUGUGGGAAAGCCUUCAACGAUCGGUCAACCCUUACUAAACAUGAGAGAACGCACACUGGAGAGAAACCCUAUGAAUGUAACCAUUGUGAAAAGGCUUUUAGCCAGCGGUGUCAACUUACUAGGCAUCAGAGAAUUCAUACUGGAGAGAAACCUUAUGAAUGUAAUAAAUGUGGGAAAGCUUUCAGUUAUAAUACAUCCCUUAUUCAACAUGAGAAAACUCAUGGUCAGGAAACGCUAUGAGUAAUCAAGAUGGCGAAGUCCUGUGUCAGACCGUCUUUCUAGAAUUCAGGUAACCAAGGUGUGACUCUCACAGUGCGGUCUAAUGACCACGUUCAUCAGAACUGCCUGGAGUGUGUGCUGAAACCAUGUUACCAAGCUCACCCCAAUCCACUAAAACAGAAUCUCUAGCAGUGAGACCCAGGACCUGCAGUUCUAAAUGCAGCAUGAUUCAUUUGCACACAAAAUGUGUCUACUGUUGCAUUUUGAUGAGAAGCUGAAUAUGACCACUGAUGAAAAGCUUCUAAUCAGAGCUGUUAGCAGGAGUUAGGAAACUCAGGAUGAAGCUGAACCCUCCAGAUAAUCUUUUCAGUGCAGAUAACAACCCAAACAACCCAGACAUUGUCCCCAUAACACAUUCCUGGGAAUGAUGGUGGAAUGGAAGAUAUUCUUGAUACAGAGCCCUGACCACUCAGUCUAAGAAGAAACUUGCAUGAGGAAGUUGGCGUUGAGUGAUGGAAUAUGAAGCCAGCCAUAUUUGAUGUAAACUAACAAUUCUGAACACAAAUUGCAGAAGAACCAACCCUGAGAAGUAUUGCAGAAUGGUUUUAUUACUGGAAUUAAAAGUAGACUGAAUGUUUCAGGGACUCUAUUGUGCUCUAAUUUUACUUUGUUGCUCAUUUAGGUUGACUAUAAUCCAAAUUGGCCACACAGCAAUAUGGAAAAUACUCCAUCAGGUGAAGUGAAAGCAGGACCAAAAGUAGUAUGUACAUAAAAUGUUACAAUCACAUAAAAACCUGUAUGCACAUGCUUGGUUACGUAGGUCAACUCAGCAACAUGUUCACUGAAAGAAGGAAGUGUAAAUCAACAGCAGUGAACAGAGUGGGAGAGGCCAGGCCUGAAAAUAUUAGCAAGGUGAAAGCAAGUGGGAGAGCAUAACCUGAAGAUGCAGGAUGGAGAAGGCUGAGGCUGGGAACGUGUGAAGAAAGGAUGAAGCAGUGGAGGUUGUGGCCCCCAAGCAGAGCAGUAGAGUGACAGAUGGGGUGGGAAAGCAAGGUUAAUUAAAGGUCUGUCCAUGAAAUUGAGACUGUUCCUCCCUUCCCCCAUUUUUUCUUCUUUUAUCUUGUCUGGCAUUAACUAUCAGACAGCGUGUAUGUAAAAAACUGGAGUAUGGAAGGAGUUUGCUAAAAAAUUAGUCCAAGGGAGGAAGGAAUUUAGUGUUAUUUUGCUCCAGAGUAAAGGCUGCCUUGUUCUAGCAUUUCAAGACUUUUAUCCUAAUAGCUGGUUCUUGCCCUUCUUACUCUAAAGCAAAGCAUGCUGAUGAACCAGCCCCACCCAUCCAUGGAGCUUCCUCUCUGCUUUGUGAUGAUCUCUUCAAUAUGGAUGGGAGGCAAGGAGCAAAAAACUUAAAGAAAGCCUCCAACAUGAAAGAAAGAAUGUAAGAUAAAACAGAAAAACUAACACCAAAGAAAAGGGGAAACUUAUUAUCUUAAAAGUGAGUCUCAAAAAGGAUUGCAAAUAAAAAAUAAGAUAAAGAUGCUCUGGGAGAAAACAAAACAAAACAUGAGAACAGAACAGACUUUAAGAUUGUUGGACCAAUAAAUAAGAAAAAGUAAAAGGGAAACAUCCUCAGGGCUGAAAAGAAAUCUUCAGAUCAUGCCAAGUACUAUUUCGGAUUAAUAGAUCCAUUUGACAUAAAAAAUUGAGAGCACCAGGAUUAAAAAGAUGGCAGAAGCUUCUGGAGAGAACAUAGUUUUUAAACUAAGAAAGGAAUAUGGUUUUUCUAAAGAAAAGGAAUGUUUCUUCUAUUUUUUUUUAAAGUGGUAAUGAAAGACUUAAAGGUUAAUUGUGCAAGAAUGACAAAUUGUACAAAAUGGUUAUAUGCCAAAUGUGAAACAGACUUUACAAAGGAGUAUUCAUUUGACUGAUGUUAAUAAUUCUUCCUGGGGGAAGCAAAGGGCUUAUGAAUUUGGAAAGAAAGAGGAUGAAAUGCAAUCAGAUUGUGUCGGCCCUUCAGUGAAUGGCAUUUGCAUAGAAAUGAUAUAAAUGGUAGGCAUUUGUUUUAAUUUUUAGGAAAAAACACAUAGCUGUGACCCAAGGCAAUAGAGUAGAGCACUAUUGUUGUUAGUCUUGUCACUAACAGUAACCGCACAGCCUGCGGACAGUGAAAAGUAGAACAGCAAAGAGAAGUAGAUGAGAGGAGUAUCCCUGUAUUCUCAUUUAAAUAUAAUGUGCAAGUUUGUUUAGGAUACUGAAAUUAGAGCUCAAAAUGGUGAUAUGACAAACAUUGGAAGCAAAUGAAGGAGUGGUGGUGUGAGUCAAAUCCUCAUCUGUCGGAUCAAGAAAUCAGUAAAGUCUGAAGGCGAUCAAAGAUCAGAGUUACAGAGGUAACCUCAAGAAGAUCUGGGACAGAGAUAGUUAAAAGUGGCUUAGGGGAUGAGCGACUGUUGGGUGGGGUGGGGCAGGAGAUGUCUGCUUUCUGUUUUAAACCUGUAGCAUUUCAUUCCCUAGUGGUACACUUAUUUGGGCAACUCUAAAAAAUUAUUUUAAAUGUGCACUUACAGGUGAGAAACUGGUACAUGAAGACAUCAGCGAUUGAUUUAUGGGAUUAUGUAUGAUUUUCCCUCUCUCCUUUGAUUCAGUGUAGUAACUUGACAAUUAAAAAAUCAAGGAACAACAAAAAGAAAAGAUGUCAGACUGUUCUGUUUGGCCAGUUAGAGUUGAUUCUAGCAGGGAGGGAAGGCUUCUUGGCUUUUUAGAAUCCUUUGAAGUUAAAGGGAGUGGUUUGGUCAUUUAAGACUUGAUUUUUCAGAAAUUUUAUCAAGAGGAAAUUGGUGGGUCUCAGGGAGUGCAGACCUGGGGGAGUGCUGGUAUCUUGGGACGACUGGGUGGAACCCUUAAGGAGCAAGGCAGGUAUGUGAACUUGCAUAACUGCAAAGUACUAAGUGUACUUCCCCAAGGUCACUCCCUGGUACCUUUUCAUAAGACCCUUUGAAGUAACAUAGUCCUCCUGAUUCAUAUGAGACCCUGAGGUUAAGAUAGGAAAUGCCU